AUGACUAUAUGCAACACAUAUAUUGCUAAGGCUCAAUUACCGCAGUAUCCGCCUCCAUUUCAGUUUCCUUUCCCCCUUCCAUUUCAACCAAAUCUUGGUAUGCCAAGAUUUCCGUUUCCGUUUCCGCUUCCAUUUCAACAAAGUCCUGGUAUGCCCAGAUUUCCAUUUCCGCUUCCAUUUCAACCAAGUCCAGGUAUGCCAGGAAAUUUCGGUAUGAGCAAAUGUUGGUCAACAUUGAUGGAUAUGCCAGGAUGCUUUGCAAGAUCAGACAAUCUGUUCCAAGACCGAAACGGAGAAAAGGUUUUCUUCUGGUUUGAUGAUUGGCUGAAACAGGGGAGGUUAUUGGAUAUAUUGGGGGACUCGGGCACAAGAGUUAUAGGUAUCUCUCGUACAGUUAAGGUGUCGGAGGUGGUUCUAAAUGGAACAUGGCGGGUGCGUCGGCGGCAAGGUCAAGUGACACAGCAAGUUCUGGUUCAAAUACAAACUCACCCGGUGCCACAUCCGGAUGCAGGAGGAGACAUUGUUUUAUGGCGACACAAAUCCGACAACUACCCUGACAGGUUUUCGGCAGCAAGUACUUGGGAGCAGAUCCGGAAGUCUAGAGGAAGGGUCCCAUGGUGCAAAGUGGUUUGGUUUCCUCAGGGUGUACCCCGUUUCUCGUUUAUUACUUGGGUCUGUGUUCGCGACAGGCUUGCAACAGGUGUUCGGAUGCGAAGCUGGGGCAUAGAGCAAGCUUGUCUCUUCUGCGGUGAAUGGGAAGAAUCAUGA